AUGAAGAUCAGCUCUCAUCAGACAGGAACACCAAUAGUCAUUCAAGUAGCUGUGGGCCCUGGGAGCACAAAGGAGGGAGCACCCACGCCCGAGGGAGCCACGGAGGAGGGGCAUUGGGGCAGAGCCUUGGAGGACAAAUGGAGUUUCCUCUUUGGGGAGCCCCCAGGCAUAGCGGGCUCCUCCAGCGGCCAAGCCUUCGCCUAUGGGGCCUUCUUGCCUGGAAUGCCCAACUCCCCCUUCUCAGCCUUGUUUGACUCUCAACAAAACUUUUGGGUAGCAGCUGAUGGGGCGAGUCACCUUUCUGGGCCCAGCAGGCCUUUCGGGAAUCCCUGGCUUUUGGAGCACAACAUCCUGGGGACCAUCAAAAAGCCCUUUCACCUGAGCUUUGGGAAAGAGGAACAGCUCCGGCUGUGGGCGGCUCAUGUCACCAUCUGGAAGCCAGUUGGGCCAUGGCAGACGUCCCAUGACUCACACACCUCGGGUGCUCCUCCUCUGGUCAACAAGUCUGGAGACUCGGCAAAUGGACCCCCAGUUUUCUCACCUCUCCAAAGCCUCUGGGAAGAAUUCCUGCACCUCCUCUUUAUGGGGACUCUACUCUUCUACAGAAGAGCCACCAAGGCCUUGAGAGGGAAAGCCACUCUUCUAAAGUCACACAGCAAGCAAGCAGCACAGCCAGGGUGGGAGCCAGGCAUCUGGGCACUGAGCCCAGUCCCUGCCUCCUCCCCACAAGAUCACUCUCACCUGACCUCCCUCUCAAGGGCAGGAAAGGAGCAGAGACGCACUCUGAGCCUUAUUGGGAAGACCUCAGGGACUCCCACUGAAUCCACUGCGGCUACAGUGGCUGCUUCCACCACUGAAGUCUCCUCCAGGCUUCCCUGGGCAGCCAGGGCGGGGUUUAACAGGAGGACAGGUGUCUGCAUUGCUCUACCUACCUAA